AUGACGAACAGAAAUCAAGUCCAGUCUGCGUGGAAGAUCAUCCCACACUUCCGCUCCGACAAUAUCCAAGCCACGGUCGACUUCUACACCCAAGUGCUCGGUUUCACGGUCGGCGGUGUCCACACGGAUGGACAGUCGGGCCAACAGACAUUCUGCUCGCUCUACGCGGGCGACAAAGCCGCGGCCAACAUAUACUUCUCCCGUGAUGUGGCGGAGUCGUCAGCGUGGAUUGCGUUAGGCACCACAGAGCUGGAUGAUUUUUAUCGAGAACUGAAGUCGCACGGGAAUGUCGAGAUUAUAGAGGAGAUCGCAGAUAAGGAGUGGGGAUAUAGACAGUUUAAAAUCAGGGACACGGACGGGAACAGGCUCACGUUCUUCAAGUUUCUGGCGGGUGGGAAUCCUGGAGUUGACGGAGAGUGA